AGUACAGCACACUGUAACACACAAGGCCAAAAUCCAGCCAUGAUCUUUCAUUACAUAUUGGAGUAUCUUAAUUUACAGAGCUGCCUGAUUGGCAUUUUCAUUUUCCUGCUGCUUAUUGAUAUCAUCAAGAAUAAAAAUCCAUCCAACUUUCCACCAGGACCCAUGCCUCUUCCCUUUGUGGGAAAUAUCUUCACCGGACUUGAUUUCAAGAACAUAGACAAGCUUGCUGAAGAGUAUGGAGAGGUUUUCAGUCUACGAUGGGGCAGUGAGAAAGCUGUGUUUAUCUCUGGGUACAAAAUGGUGAAGGAGGCCCUUGUUACUCAGCUGGACAGCUUUAUCGACCGUCCUGCUGUCCCCCUUUUUCACAAAGUCUAUAAGGGACUUGGUGUUGCCCUAAGUAAUGGGUACCUGUGGAAGAAUCAGAGGAAGUUUGCCGUGACAUACCUGCGCUACUUUGGUGAAGGGAAGAAGGGCCUUGAACUAAGUAUCCAGCAAGAGAGCAACUUUCUGUGUGAUGCCUUCAAAGCAGAACAGGGUCCUUUUGACCCCCAGUUCUACCUGUACAAUGCAGUCUCAAACAUCAUCUCUGCUUUAGUUUUUGGCCAUCGCUUUGAAUACCAUGAUGAGAAGUUUUUAAAAGUCUUGCGUUUGGAUGCUGAAGCUGUCAUUUUGGCAGGUCUAACCAAAGCUCAGUUGUAUAACGCCUUUCCUCGCCUCUUUGAGUACCUUCCUGGCCCACAUCAGAAGAUGUUUUCUAACUAUGCAAAGAUAUUGGACUUUCUAAGAGAUGAACUAAGAAAACACAAAGAGGACUGGGAUCCCUCAGACCCACGGGACUUCAUAGACAACUACCUUGUAGAAAUGGAGAAGAAAAAGAGUGACCCUGAGGCUGGUUUUAAUCUUGAGUCAUUGUUGAUUGCCAUGCUGGACAUGUUUGAAGCAGGGACAGAAACAGCAGCCACUACAAUACGCUGGGGUCUUCUCUGUAUGAUGAAGUACCCUGAAAUACAGAAAAAGGUACAGGAUGAGAUUGAUAGAGUGAUCGGACAGUCACGCCAAGCCAGCAUGGCUGACAAGCCCAACAUGCCCUACACCGAUGCAGUUGUCCAUGAAAUACAACGGUUUGGAAAUGCUGUACCUUUGGGUUUCCCAAAAAUGGCAUGUAAAGAUACCACACUGGGUGGAUACUUUAUACCAAAGGGCACAUCUGUGACUACAAACCUGUCAUCUGUGCUUUAUGACAAGACCAUGUGGGAAACACCAGAAAGAUUCAAUCCAGGACACUUUUUGGAUGAUCAAGGCCAGUUCGUAAAGAAGGAUGCAUUUCUGCCAUUUUCAGCAGGGAAAAGAGCAUGCCUGGGAGAACAACUGGCUCGUAUGGAGCUCUUCCUGUUUUUCACAUCUAUCCUUCAGCGCUUUACACUCUCCCCUGGCCCUGGAGAGACAUUAAGCCUGGAGGGCCAGAUGGGCUUCACCUAUGGACCACAACUCUUCCGCAUGUCUGUUAUUCCACAGCUAAAAUUUCCUCCAUUUGACCGCUGGCUUUGCCUUUUUUUGGGAAAUGUCUUCACAGGAGUUGACUACAAAACUAUGAAUAAGUUGGCCGAGCAGUAUGGGCAUGUUUUCAGUUUGAGAAGAGGUAGUACAAAGUUUGUGUAUGUUUCUGGAUACAAGAUGGUAAAGGAAGCUCUUGUCACUAAAGUGGAAAGCUUUGAACGCUGUGUUGACCCUUUAUUUAAUGACAUUUACAAAGGCAGAGGGCUGUCAUUCUCUAAUGGCUACUCGUGGAAAAAACAGAACCAAUUUGCUGUUGGUCAUCUGAAGAACUUUGGAGAAGGAAAAAAGACCCUGGAGCACCAUAUCCACAGAGAAUGCCACUUCCUGUAUGAAGCAUUCAAAGAAGAACAGGGCUGCCCAUUCGACCCUCUGAUCAAAAUCAAUAAUGCAGUAGCCAAUGUGAUUGGUAUGCUAAUAUUUGGGCAUCGCUAUGAAUAUGAUGACGUUCAGUUCCAGGCAUUUUUACGCAGAAGUGCUGAGUCAGUGUUUCUUACUUGCUCAGUUUGGACUGAGAUGUAUGAUGCCUUCCCAAGCUUAGUGAAAUUGCUACCAGGGCCUCAUCAUACUAUAAUCUCAAACUACCGGAAACUUGCUGCCUUUUUGAGAGAGAAAACAGAAAAACACAAACUGGACUGGGAGCCAAAUGAGCCUCGAGAUUACAUUGACUCCUACCUAAUGGAAAUCGAAAAGAGGAGAAAUGACAAGGAGGCCCGUUUUGACAUAGACAACUUGGACUGGUGUAUGGUGGACCUGUUUGAGGGAGGAACAGAGACAACAACGAACACUCUACGAUGGGCUCUUCUGUACAUGAUUAAAUAUCCACUAAUACAGGAGAAAGUCCAAGAGGAGAUCGACUGUGUGAUUGGAUGGUCACGUUCAUCUACAAUGACAGACAAAGCCAACAUGCCUUACACCAAUGCUGUCCUUCAUGAAGUACAUAGGAAAAGUGAUAUUGUUCCACUGAAUAUGGCCAGGGUGGCAAAACAGGACACUACACUUGGCAAAUAUUUGGUCACACAGGGAACUGUAUUGAUCACCAACCUCUCCUCUGUACUGCAUGAUGAAAAUGAGUGGGAAACACCAUACACCUUUAAUCCAGGACAUUUUCUGGACUCUGAAGGCCGGUUUCGCAGGAGAGAUGCUUUCUUUUCAUUUUCAGCAGGUAAGAGGAUGUGUCCUGGAGAGUACCUGGCUCGUGUGGAGCUGUUUCUUGUAUUUACCACUCUUCUACAGAAAUUCACUUUCAGACCUCCUCCAGGUGAAGAGCCCAGUCUGGAGAGUGAGCUCGGCUUUACCCAGGCUCCCAAGCCAUUUAAGUUUUGUGCUGUCCAACGAUGAAGUCAUGGACAGAUUUCUUAAAAUAAAAUAUAAACAAGUAUACAAGAGUAAACAUAAAUAUAUACAAGGUUGCAUGGCAGCUAUAUAAUGAUAAGCUUAAUGAAAAGAAAUAAUGUACAAUUUACAAAUUGAAAGAA